AGCCGACUUGAUUUUCCAUAAUGGUAAAGAGGUGAAGGCAGCUUAUAGGACUUGAUUUUUGCCAAAAUGGUGAAUUUAAUAAAAUGCUAUAGAUAUGAAAAUGUGUCUCUCGUAUUAGAAGCCUAGGAUUAGAUCUCCAAAGAAGUUCUAAAAGAUUGUGGGAGAACUUUAUGUUUACGUGCCGGAGGAUAAACCAAUGAUAUGGAAAUUAAGGAAAAAAAGUUAGCUUCAAGCCAGUUUGAAACUAUCUUCCUUCAAUCCAUUAUGUUGUGAUGGAAAAGAACAUAUGUGUAGUUUUAGUCUCAUGAAUAUUUUAAUGAGUCAUAUGACUUAUUUAAAUAAUGUACAUGAAUAUUCUUAUAAAUUAGGUUGAGGAGAUAGCUUCAAACUGGUUUAGAGCUAGACUUUGUUAGUAAAUUAAUACCGGUGAAUGUGCAUGCAUUUGGAAGGUGGCAUUCUCCCGCAUAAAGGUUAGAUUUGAAGGUAGUUUUGCUCUGUUUGUGUUUGUUAAGGUGAGAGUGUCAUCUUGAAAAAAAAGAUAAUAUAUAGAAUGAUGAAAUUCGUUUAAACACAUGGAUGAUUCUUUUGAAAAAGAAGAAAGACAAGAGAGAGAGAUGUUUGGUCAUACGUAAAGGAAAACAUCAGUGUACUCAAUAAAAACUUUUUUUAUAUGAAUUAUUAACCAGUAUCCUAGAGACACUCAUUAACAUUUUCUAUAUAUAUAUAUAUAUAUAUAAAAGAAGUCAACCUCAGGAACCCUAAUAAUAACACACUUUUGACUUUCCCUACAACUUCUUAAGAAGGGCAUUCUCGGGAAGACAACAUUGUACACGGUUUUUUUUUGAGCAACUGAGAUUAAGAUCUAAGAUCUAGAUCUGCUAACACAUUGGUCAAAACCAAAAACAAUACAUUAACCUUUUACCCACAGUAACAAAAAAGCCACCUUUCAGACACUGCAUCUUCUUCUUCCUCCUCGAUAGUCAAUCAAUGUCAUAGUGUCUGAAAAAAAGAAUUAAAACCUUUUCCUCUGUAUGAAAUUCCUUUGUAUUCUAAAUUCACAAAUUUCAAUUUGCACCCCCCAAAAAAAAAAAAUCCAUCAUAUUCUUUCUCAGUAAUCACACACUCACAGUUUGUGUAGAAAUCCAUGAAUAUUGGUUAUAAUCCAAUCGCAAAAAAUGCAACCCAAAACCCAAUCUCUAGCUCCAGCUCUGACCCUCUUCCCAAAUCUCAAGCCUCCUCACAAAACCCUACUGUUCCAUCAAAUUCUAGUCCUAACGAUCACAUUCUUCGCCUAUGCUUCUUUCCACGCCUCUCGUAAACCCCCAAGCAUCGUCAAGAGCGUGCUUGGUCCCACACUCGAAACCAACAAUUCGACCUCCAUUGAUACCGGUUGGGCCCCAUUUGAUGGGCCUCAAGGGACCCACAGGCUCGGCGAGGUCGACCUCGCGUUCCUGUCUUCCUAUUCGAUAGGAAUGUAUUUCGCCGGCCAUUUGGGUGAUCGAAUGGAUUUGAGGCUGUUCCUUGUGUUUGGGAUGAUGGGUAGCGGUGUUUUUACUAUGGUUUUUGGAUUUGGGUAUUGGUUGGAUUUGCAUUUGUUGGGUUUUUUCGUUGGGGUUCAGAUUGUUUGUGGUUUGUUUCAGUCAAUUGGGUGGCCUUGUGUGGUGGCAAUUGUGGGGAAUUGGUUUGGGAAAUCUAAGAGGGGUUUGAUCAUGGGGGUUUGGAAUUCACAUACCUCGGUUGGGAACAUUAUUGGUUCGGUUGUGGCUUCCGGGGUUUUGGAAUUCGGGUGGGGUUGGUCUUUUUUGGUGCCUGGUUUGUUGUUGAUUGUGGUUGGGAUUUUGGUGUUUAUGUUUCUUGUUGUGAGUCCUGAGGACUUGGGGUUAGAGUGUCCUGGAAUGGAGGUUGAGAUGAAUGUGGAGGUGAAUGGGGAUUCAGAGAGAGUGGUAUCGGAGGAAGCGGGGCUUUUGGGAAAUGAGAGUUUGGAUACUUUGUCGUCUGCAAUUGGUUUUUUGGAGGCAUGGAGGCUGCCGGGUGUGGCGCCUUUUGCUUUCUGCCUUUUCUUCUCGAAGCUGGUGGCUUACACUUUUCUGUAUUGGUUGCCCUUCUACAUUAGGCAUACAGCUGUUGCUGGUGUGUAUUUGUCACACAAAUCUGCUGGGAUCCUCUCAACAAUUUUCGAUAUUGGAGGGGUCUUUGGUGGAAUUUUGGCAGGAUACAUAUCUGAUUUGAUUGAUGCUCGUGCGGUUACUUCAAUCUCAUUCUUGUUACUAUCAAUUCCAGCCCUUGUUUUCUACCGUGUAUAUGGAGGCCUCUCUAUGUUUGCCAACAUUGGAUUGAUGUUUCUUUCUGGAUUGCUUGUAAAUGGUCCAUACUCACUCAUUACAACGGCUGUUGCUGCCGAUCUUGGUACCCAGAGUUUUGUUAGAGGGAAUUCCCGAGCAUUAGCUACUGUAACUGCUAUUAUAGAUGGUACUGGUUCUGUAGGGGCAGCGCUUGGUCCACUAUUGGCUGGGUAUAUUUCCUCUAGAGGAUGGAAUGGCGUCUUUUUUAUGCUUAUUCUUGCUAUUUUCUUUGCGAUUUUGUUCUUGAUUCGUGUUGCAAGAACUGAGAUUAAAGGGAAAUUGAAUGAGGGAAAAUGGUUUUGGAACAGCAUAAGCUCACAUUGAUUGUGAAUUUCUUUGAGGCAUGAAUCAUGUUUCUUAUUGUACCUUUAUAGGAGGGAAGAGUGUAUUUCGCAUAGGAAACAACACAUAGAUAGAGAAGUUACUUGAGUGAUCAUACAUGUACGUCUUUCUUGUAUCUCAUUCUUUAUUCAUAGAUAAUGUUUAUACAUGUACAAGAACUACUUAUCCA